CUUUCCGGGUGCGGGUCCCUGGGCGGAGCGGCGGGACGGCGCGGCGGCGGCGGGCGCGGGGCGCGGGCCAUGGCGGAGCUGGCGCAGGGGCAGAGCGCAGCGCCCGUGGGGAUUAAGGCCGAAGGGUUCGUCGACGCUCUGCACCGGGUCCGGCAGAUUGCUGCUAAAAUUGGAGAUAUUCCUCACUUGAAUAAUUCUACAACACUUGUGGAUCCCUCAGUCUACGGUUAUGGAGUGCAGAAACGGCCCCUGGAUGAUGGAGGUCUCCGUGUCAGUGGGCUCCAUGGAGCACAGAUAAGAGACACAGAGAGAAUAGGUAACCAGUUAGGGGCCCUGGUACAUCAAAGGGCUGUAAUAACAGAAGAGUUCAAAGUGCCUGAUAAAAUGGUUGGAUUUAUAAUCGGCAGGGGAGGAGAGCAGAUCUCAAGGAUUCAGGCAGAGUCUGGCUGCAAAAUUCAAAUUGCUCCAGACAGUGGUGGGAUGCCCGAGAGGCCCUGUGUACUCACUGGGACACCAGAGAGCAUUGAACAAGCAAAACGGCUACUGGGGCAGAUUGUAGAUCGCUGUCGGAACGGACCUGGUUUUCACAACGAUGUUGAUGGCAACAGUACGAUUCAGGAGAUUUUGAUCCCGGCAUCCAAAGUGGGUCUAGUCAUCGGCAAAGGAGGUGAAACAAUAAAACAGUUGCAGGAGCGAACAGGUGUGAAAAUGAUCAUGAUCCAGGAUGGUCCACUGCCCACUGGAGCAGAUAAACCUCUCCGUAUUACUGGAGAUGCAUUUAAAGUACAGCAAGCAAGGGAAAUGGUACUGGAGAUCAUCCGAGAGAAAGAUCAGGCAGACUUCCGAGGCGUACGCAAUGAUUUCAGUUCUAGAAUGGGAGGAGGCAGCAUAGAGGUCUCUGUGCCCAGGUUUGCUGUUGGAAUUGUGAUAGGAAGAAAUGGAGAAAUGAUCAAAAAGAUUCAGAAUGAUGCUGGAGUUAGGAUUCAAUUUAAACCAGAUGAUGGGAUUAGUUCCGAGAGAGUCGCACAGGUCAUGGGGCUUCCCGAUCGGUGUCAACAUGCAGCACACAUCAUCAGUGAGCUCAUCCUGACAGCACAGGAACGAGAUGGCUUUGGAAAUUUGGCUGUUGCCCGAGGAAGAGGUCGUGGCCGUGGGGACUGGAGUGUUGGAACACCUGGGGGCAUGCAGGAGAUAACCUACACGGUGCCAGCUGACAAGUGUGGGCUUGUUAUAGGCAAAGGUGGUGAGAACAUCAAGAGCAUAAACCAGCAGUCAGGAGCCCAUGUGGAGCUCCAGAGGAACCCACCUCCAAACACAGACCCUGGUGUACGAAUAUUCACAAUCCGAGGAGUUCCCCAGCAAAUUGAGCUCGCUAGGCAUCUCAUAGAUGAGAAAGUUGGUGGUACCAGCAUGGGUGGACCUGGAGGAUUUGGUCAAAGUCCGUUCAGCCAAGCACCCACGACACCUCAUCAAAAUGGUCCUCAGGCGUUCAUGACGCAGGGUUGGGGCAGUACCUACCAGACGUGGCAGCAGCCUGGACAGCAAGUCCCAGGUCACGCUGCCAGUGCUGCUUCUCAGGCAAGUUCCCAGCCGGACUACACGAUGGCUUGGGCAGAGUAUUACAGACAGCAGGCUGCUUACUAUGGGCAGACACUAGGGCAGGCUCAGGCCCACAGCCAGGAGCAGUAGAACAAGGUCCUCGUGGCAAUUUUGUUUUUAUUUGAUGUUGGUUUUUUUUUUUUUCCUUGGAAUCAUUGUGGAAACAAACCUUUUUGUAACAGAGGUUUCUAGAUUUGCAACAUUUUGAUGAAGACUUUUCUGUUUGUUUGUGAAACACUAGCUGUAGGAUAAUCUAUACUGAACUUUUUCUAAGAAUCAGGAACAAUUAGUCAUGUAACUAAACUCAUGGACACGCUGGUAAUUUUGUUUCCAAAUUUGUAAAAAAAAAAAAAAAGAAACAACAAAAAAACAAACAAAAACAAAACUCCGGGAUUCUUUUUGGAGAGAAGCCAGAGAAUUUUCAGGCACCAAAAUGCACCCCAGAGCUGUGACAUUUCAACAUGUUGGGGAGGGGGGGGCUGUGUUUUUUUGGGGGGGUUUUGUUGGGUUUUUUUUGUUUGUUUCCUUUUUCAUUUUUUUCAAUCUUUUCUGUUGCAACAGAAAGAGUGGCUUGGAAGUCUUAGGUGGUAUGUAACAAAUCCUAAAGAGAAAAAAAAAAACAAACACUUUUAAACAGUAUUUAAAUAUUCUUAAAUAUGUAAAGUCAUUAAAUGUUUUACUUCUAAUUUCUUGUAUCUUGGCUGUCUUUGAUUUUUAUUGCAUUGUUUGAAAAACCUGAGCUAUGUAUUGUAAUUAAUGAUGUGAAUUCUGUAUUGAGACAGAACACUUGUCUGUUUUGCUGUCAGACAAGUUAUGAGCUGGGGGGGGGCAUUUUGUAGGGUUUGUAUAAUUUCUAGAGUCUAAAGGGGUAAUAUAAAAACGUGUUAAUUUUUUUUUUUAGCAAUACAGUUUGUCAUGUCUCCAUUGUUAGUUGCAUUUAUGGAUCUAAGACCUCCAAGCUUGUUUUAAAAAAAAAAAAGACAAAAAAGACAAAACAAAAAAAAAGAGAAAAAAAAACCUUUCCUCUAUGCUCUCAGAAAUAUAAAUACUGUUAUUUUUAAUAUUAAAAUGAAUCUGCUAUUAGUACCUUUUAACAAACACUGUGGAACAUAAAACCAUAUUAAAAAAAAAAAGGUAGUAACUAUUUUUUAAUUCCAAGGUGGUUUUUGUUUUGUUUUGUUUGCUUUUUCAUUUCUUUUAAAUAUUUUCCUAUCUAAUAUUUGUCAAAUUACCUAGAGAAAUAAAUGAAUCUAGUAUUAACCACAGUACGCUCUAAAUAAUUUUUGAUUUUAAUAAAAGGGAUAAUAUGAUUUCCAAUGUUUACUGUAGUGUUUCUUGUACAGAUAACAGUGUAUUUUUAAAGGAAAAAACGGAAUUGAAGCUAUUUUUUCUUGCAUUUUUAAUUGCCCUGCAGGACAUUCCGUUUUGAAAUGUACUGAAGUGACUGUUCUUGGGCUCUUUCCUUAUUUUUCCUUAUGCUUGAAAUGUCUAACUAUUAAAAACAAACAAAGCAAUUGGAUAAUGUCGAGCAUGGUGUUUUAAAAAAAAAAAAAAGUGUUCUUUUUAUUUGACUGACAGUUGCAUUUUACACUCUAUAUAAUAAAAUUUCCACAAGGUUUCUUGUGGGUGAAGUAUU